AUGUCGACGUUUGUCAGAAAUGACCAACUGUUUCAGCAAAAUAUUGAGCAGUUUGACUUUAAUAUAAAGUUUGAACAAGUAUUUCUUUCUAUUUUGCCAUCUGCUCUGUUUAUAAUAGCCGCAUCAUGGAGGACAGUCUCCCAGGCCAGGAAGCCUGUGUUAGUAAAUGCACCUCUUUUCCAGAUCAUCAAAGUGGCGGCCAUGACAUCUUAUACCGUGCUUCAACUCGCACUUCUUAUUCUUGCAGCAGCAUUCGGCUUAUUCCAUAUAUCAAGCAUCUUCAUAGCUGCGUCAGUUCUCAAGCUGCUGUCAAGUAUUUCGAUGAUCCCUCUUACGACUGUAGAACACAAUAGGUCACCCCGACCAUCAGUGUUAUUAACAAGUUACUUGCUCUUGUCUCUGCUCUUCGAUGUCACGCAAGUAAGAACAUUCUAUCUAUCAUCAGCUACCUCUGCGGAGCUCUCUUAUAGCAAUCUCUUCACUGCCGCUGUUGCUCUGAAGACCGCAAUACUGGUUUUAGAAUCCCGGAAAAAGUCUAAAUGGAUGAACUGGAAUGAGAAAGAUCACAGCCCAGAGGAAACCAGUGGCAUCUUGUCGCUAGGUGUCUUCUUCUGGCUGAACAAGCUAUUCCUAGACGGCUAUAGGAAAAUUAUCUUGCUUGAUGACCUCUACUCCCUUGAUAAGUCUUUAGACCCCGAAAUAAUCCAUGAGAAGUUCUCUCGUAACAUGGACUAUUCGAGAAUGAAGGGGCCCCUUCUUCUCCCCACAAUUCCACGAUUAGGCCUACUUGGAUUUACACUCGCUCAGCCUCUUCUCAUUGAGCGGCUGCUGGAUUAUCUUGCCGAGGACACACUCAACCCAAAUAUCGGUUACGGGUUCAUUGGCGCUAGUUUUUUCAUCUAUGCAGGAAUUGCCCUUUGCUGGGCCUUUCAUCGAUACUAUCACCACAGAAUGAGAACUAUGUUGCGAUCGAUAUUAGUCACGGAGACUUUCAUCGCAGCCACAAAAGCCCGCAUUGGGACGAGCGACGAUAAUGCUGCGUUGACUCUCAUGAGCACUGAUAUUGAACGAAUAAGAAUGGGUUUCAGGCAAUUGCACGAUAUUUGGGCAAGUGUGCUCCAGGUUGCAUUGUCUGCAUGGAUGCUAUACAGUCGGGUUGGCGUGGUCUUCGUCGCUCCUAUUGGAGUGGUAAUCGUAUGUUUCAUAUGUCUGGUGAUUGUGAUGAACUUCAUAGGAAACGCACAGAGAGACUGGAUGGCAUUGGUCCAAAAACGAGUCGGUCUGACUGCUAUAAUAAUUGCUAGCAUGAAGAACCUGAAAAUAUCCGGCCUUUCGUCCCCGGUUCGCCAAUUCGUGCAAAAGCUUCGGGUUGAGGAACUAAUAGCCGGAGUCCGAUUCCGCAAAAUAUUCAUCGCUGCAGCUCUUUUCGGGUUCAUUCCACUGCUUCUGAGUCCGGCUCUGACCUUCGCGUUGACUCAAAAUCGACUGGAUGCCUCACGGAUAUUCACGAGUCUUUCGUUUCUUACGCUUCUGACUAUGCCGUUGUCUCAAGUCUUCCAAUCAAUUCCUGAAGUCAUCUCCGCUCUGGCCUGUAUAGGUCGAAUUCAGGCGUUCUUGGAGUGUGAAACGCGUGAUGAUUUCCGCCAGGUUUUUGCCGAUAUAAAAGGAAAUUCUGGAAAAGCUCUAGUAGAGAGUAUACUUCCAUUUGAGUCGAAAGUACUCAUUAAAAAUGGAAUUUUCGGUUGGCAGGCGGACAAGCCAGUCUUACGAGAUGUGAACAUCCGGAUACCAAAGAGCUCGCUCACUGUUGUCGUCGGACCUGUUGGGUCAGGAAAAUCUACCCUCUGCAAAGCGCUGCUAGGGGAGAUUCCAUUCCACGAAGGCCGAAUUAUUUUGGAUGCACAUAUUCCACAUGUUGGAUUUUGUGAUCAAGCAGCGUUUUUAUCCAACGGGUCAAUCAAGGAUAAUAUUAUCGGAUUUUCUUCACUCGACGAAGAAAGGUAUGCCGAAGUCAUCGAUGCUACAGCUUUAGGUUUCGACUUCGCCACUUUGGCAGAAGGAGACAAAACAAAUGUUGGAUCUGAUGGUAUCUCCCUGUCCGGAGGCCAGAAGCAACGCGUUGCUCUCGCGCGAGCUUUGUAUCUACAGACGGACUUUCUCGUUCUUGACGACAUCUUCAGUGGUUUAGAUGUUGAUACGGAGCAGCAGGUGUUCCGUAAAGUUUUCGGCACGGAAGGGCUUCUCACGCGACGACGCUCUACUGUUGUUCUAUGCACUCAUAGUGCUCGGCAUUUACCUGCGGCAGACUACGUGAUCGUGCUUGAAGAUGGCAUCGUUAGCGAACAAGGCACCUUUAACAAGCUCAUAGCAAAUCAGGGCUAUCUCCAGCGUCUCGGGAAUGUUCAAGAGCCGACUUUCGAAGAAAUCAAGACAACAAUACCUACUGUAAACACCACACCUAAUGCAGACGCGUCUCGACAGGUUGGGGAUAGAACAGUAUACAAGCAUUAUAUGAUGAACAUGGGAUGGCCCGUGGCGGCAUCUGCCUUGUUCUUUGCCACGCUGUGGGGUUUCUUAUUGAACUUUUCUACAAUCUGGCUCACGUACUGGGUCGAUGAUAUAAAUGCAGAACAUCCGAUUGGUGCUUUGAUAUCAUUAUUUCUCCUCGGUGCCUCGAUCUGGGUUGUCUCAAUCAAACGUGCAGGCGCCAAUCUUCACCAAGAUAUCCUACGAACACUGUUCCGAGCAACAUUGCGCUUCUUCACUGAAACUGAUACUGGCGUCACUACAAACUUGUUCUCGCAAGAUUUGAACCUUAUCGACACAGAAUUACCAGAUGCAACUGUCAGCACUCUGUUUUCGAUCACUCAAGUUAUCGGGCAAAUGGCUAGAUUCUAUUUGCGAACCUCGCGACAACUACGAUUGCUUGACCUAGAAGCCAAGAGCCCUCUGUAUACCCAUUUUCUUGAUACUGUCAGAGGCAUCGCAACUCUACGGGCAUUUGGCUUUAUCUCCAGUGAUGUUUACAAGAAUUUCCGGCUACUUACUUCUAGCCAGAGGCCAUCGUAUCUACUUCUCAUGAUCCAGGAGUGGUUGAAUCUCGUCCUCAAUGUUGUCGUCAUGCUACUAGCAAUAGCCCUUACGACGCUCGCAGUCCGCCUCCACUCCAAUUCUGCUUUCGCUGGUGCUGCUCUGUACAGUCUUUUGAGCUUCGGCGAAAAUCUUGCCGGUAUUGUCCUUUUCUGGACCAGUCUCGAGACCUCACUUGGGGCGAUUGCAAGACUCAAGACGUUUAACGAUACUGUGAAGCCGGAAGACAGAGACGGAGAGAGAAUCAUUCCACCUGAACGCUGGCCACAGCGUGGUGUGGUGGAGCUGAAGGGAGUAUCCGCCACAUAUUCCACAACUCGUCUUGCCCUCCAUAACAUCCAUCUGACGAUCAAUUCUGGGGAGAAGGUGGCCAUCUGCGGUCGCACUGGCAGUGGUAAAUCUAUUAUUUAUGGCCAGCUGCUCCAACAUUUAAACCGAUCUGAGCUACGCCAACGUAUCAUCGCGGUGCCCCAGGAAACCGUCUUCUUGCCCAACGGAUCUACCUUCCAGGCUAAUCUUGAUGUAUCUGAAGAAGCAACGCGCGAGGAAUGCGAGGCUGUGCUUACAGUUGUCGGUUUGUGGGGGUUUGUUCAAGAGCGCGGUGGUUUGGACGCAGGCAUGAAUGCGUCCACCUUUAGCGCUGGACAACGGCAGCUGAUGUCGCUUGGACGUGCUCUGAUCAGGCGCUCUAUUAGACAACGAAAGUAUGCUGCCGGUACAGAACAUGGUGGCAUCUUGUUACUGGAUGAAGUCAGUUCUAGCGUGGAUCAGGAGACAGAACGCGUAAUGCAGCGGACGAUCAAGACUGAGUUCAAAAACUACACAGUUAUUGCGGUUGCCCACCGGUUGGAUAUGGUAAUGGAUUUUGAUAAAGUAGUUGUUAUGGAUAGAGGGGAAAUUGUUGAAACGGGCAUUCCAGCCGUAUUAGCAGGAGAGGCGGGGAGCAGGUUUGGAGAUUUGGUGAGCGCAGGCAAUGAGUAG